AUGUCUUGCUGCCACUUCAAGCCGCCCCAACCCCCGGACCCCGGGAUCUCCGACACCUCCGUGGACGCUCCGGGGGAGCUGAGGCGCCCUGCCGGAGCCCUGAGAAAAACGCUCACCAAGCGCAUAGAACUGGAAAUGCUGCUCGAAGACAUUCAAAAGCUCGAGAACGACAAGAGGGUAACAACAUCACCUGACCUACAAGCCGAAAUCAUCCGAGAAGCAAAGAUAACAAGAGGACACCAGCGCAGCUCCCUCCUCACACCUGAGUUUCGAACUGCUGCCCAAGAACUGAAGAGCAACGAUCGCAUUGUCAUCCUCAGGGCCGAUAAGUCAUCUAUCUUUGUCAUUCUUGACAAAGAUGUCUUCUUGAAUAAGAUGGCAACCAUCCUGACCGACACCACAAAAUUCAGCAGAAUCACAAGAAACCCAACGAACGAUAUCAAGACAAAGUUGAACCGUAUCAUCCGCCAGACUAACAACAACAGCAGUACGAAGCUCCCCCUCAUCGAAGGCGACCACAGACUGGGUUACGCUUAUGGCAACGUCAAGACCCACAAGGAAGGCCACCCCCUACGUCCCAUUAUCAGCCAGACACCAUCAGUUACUUACAAACUCGCCAAGCACCUCAACGAACUCAUCACACCAUUCACACCAGCCUCCUUCAGUUUGAAGUCCACAACAGAGUUCCUCGAUCUCCUGAAGACUACCCGUCCCUCCAACAUCAUGGCAUCCAUGGACGUUGAAUCACUCUUCACCAACGUACCGGUCGACGAAACCAUAGAUCUCAUCUGUCAACGCAUCUACCACUUAGAAGACGAGGAGCCACUCAACAUUCCCGAAGCCUCGCUACGCCUCCUUCUACAAGCAUGUACUAAAGAAGUACCAUUUUACGGACCCGACGGCAAGGUGUACGUGCAGUGA